UUGGGUGGAAUUGUGACAUUGUAGCAUCAUAUGCUUAUUGGGAUUCUCACUUUCCCUCAAAACUCCAAGAUCUUUGCGACCCAAAAAAUCUUUAAAAAGCUCCAAACCGAAAGACUUUAUUCAACUCCCACUUCUGUUUCACUUUGUCCUCUGUUUUCUCAUUGGCCAAACCUCACUAUUUUAUUGUACCAAAAGUGCACCUUCUCUGUGCUCAAACCACCCAAAAAGACACCAAUUUUGCAGCAGUUUCUAUGGCAAUUAAGUGAUCAUUGAUAAAGCCAACAGAAGCAGCCAAUGAGAGCCCUCAUCCCCAAAAGUUGAUACAUUUUGAAACCACUUAUUUUUCUCUCUUAUUUAGCAUACUCUUUAUUCAAUCUUUGUGUACAUACUUGCUUUAUUAGUCAUCAUCACAUCUCAUUUAUUGGAACUUGACAAUGAUUCAAUGAUGCAGUUUCAAGAUUUGGUAUUUUUGCCGGAAAAAGGGGUUUCAAGAUUCUGUUGUUUGCACAUAAAGGGUCAAUAAUUGGUAUUUGGUUCUUGUUAUACAAAUUAUGGAUUCUGGUUUUUACCAUGAUCAAACGUUGAGCUAUGGACCGAAUCGGCAUGCUAUAUCGUUCCAGUCGAGUGCUAUAGAUAGCACAAGUGAGAUGAUCAUGAUGGGAGAUUACUACAGGAUGGAUAGUAAUAAUAAUAAUAAUAAUGCAUCAAGGUCAAGGAUGGUGUUUUCUGGGAAUUCUGGUAUGGUAAACAGUAGUUCAGGGUACGCGCAAAUUGGGAAUUCAUGUACGUCUAACGUUUCGGAUUCGGUUGCUGGGUUGAAGCAUGAUGCAGGGUUGGCUGUUGAAUGGUCUGUUGAAGAACAGUGCAAGUUGGAAGAGGGAAUUUCCAAAUAUGCAGAUGAGCCCAGCAUUAUGAAGUGUGUCAAGAUUGCUGCUACAUUGCGUGAUAAAACUGUUCGCGAUGUUGCCUUAAGGUGUAGGUGGAUGACGAGUAAACGAAGGAAACAUGAGGAGCUGAAGUUGGGCAGGAAGUUAAAAGAUAAGAAGGAUAAACUGCUGGAAUUCUCAUCGAAGCCAAGUGUAUCAUCAAAUUCAACUUUGAAUGUGGCUCCGUUUUCUGUCACCACGAGUAAUCGGUUCCAGAGUGGUGGUAUUCCUUUGGAAGCAUUAAGCAUCUCCACAAGGCGUCUUUUGGAACAAAACAACCAAGUUCUUGGUCAGAUUUCGGCUAACAUUUCUGCAUUAAAACUGCAGGACAAUGUUCAUCUUUUUAGUCACGCGAAGAACAAUCUAACUGCUAUCAUAAACGACUUGAGAUACAUUCCAGGGCCACCACUGCCUGUAUCGUUAAACACAGAUCGUGUUAAUACCCUUCUGGCCACUACAUGCCAGACAAUGACGUUUGGCUCACUAAGCAGAAUGCAUUUGAAGCAAGAGGCAGAUUACUGAGUUGGAGACAGUUUGGUUGUAAGUAUAGGAUUAAAUCUUCUGUAUAUUAUGUAUGUAUCUAUUGACCCUUUUGGUUGACCAUUUGUGUUGAAGUCAACCAUACAAGAACUUGUAGAAUGAUGCCAUUUUCAAAAGCUAAGGUGAUUGAUUAGCUAAUA